CUGUGCAGCCGCCUCAACGUGGACGAGGCGGCGCGGGCCGAGGCCUGGGGCAGCUACCGCAGCAUCAGCGAGAGCUACACGCUGGAGGGAAAUGAUCUUCAUUGGUUAGCAUGUGCCUGAUAUGUGGCUUGCAGAAAAUCUGUUCCAACCAUGAGCAAAGGGACAGCUGAAGGAAACUUUGUAUUCUUAAUUAGAAUCCUGCGGUGUUCAGAGCAGAGGAUAUCUUUAAAUAUCCUCAAGAGGAGCAACCUCAUCAACAAAGAGGAAGAAAACUGCGGUGACAGCCCUGUACUGUGUCAGAAAUUUUCCAUUUUUGUUGGGUGCUUUUUAUAUAUGCAAAAGAGACUGAGAGAAAUUAACAGUAUGAUACAGACAGGAGAAACUCCAACUGAAAAGAGAGGGAUUCUUUUGGAAGAUGAAAGUGAAUCACCUGCAAAAGGAAUUUGCCCAGAAAAUCAUUCUGCCUUAUUACACCGUCUCCAAGAUGUAGCUAAUGACCGAGGAUCCCACUGAGAAGCUUCAAUUCACCUACAGCCUACAGCCCUGAGCAGCAACCCGUGGACCUCUCUGGGAUUGUCACCUGCUGCAUGGAUGCUGGUUGCCCAGUCCUUCCUGAUGUCACUAUUGGUCUGCCCAAGCUUGCCAAAUGACAGGGAAACAGGACACAGCUCUCCAGCAGGUCACCCGUCCUCGCCGCCUGUGGUGGCCACCGUGCAUGGCAAAGUCCUGGGGAAGUACGUCCGCUUGGAAGGAUUCGCACAGCCUGUGGCCAUGUUCCUGGGAGUCCCCUUUGCCAAGCCUCCUCUCGGAUCCCUGCGGUUUGCUCCUCCGCAGCCUGCAGAGCCAUGGCGCUCUGUGAAGAACACCACCUCCUACCCGCCCAUGUGCUCCCAAGACCCAGUGGCAGGGCAGCUGCUCUCCAAUCUCAUUACCAACAGAAAGGAGAACAUUCCUCUCAAGUUUUCUGAAGACUGUCUGUACCUGAAUAUUUACACUCCUGCUGACUUGACCAAGGAAAGCAGGCUGCCGGUGAUGGUGUGGAUCCACGGAGGUGGUCUGGUGGUGGGCGGGGCCUCAACCUAUGACGGCCUGGCCCUCUCUGCCCGUGAAAACGUGGUGGUGGUGACCAUUCAGUACCGUCUGGGCAUCUGGGGAUUCUUCAGCACAGGGGACGAACACAGCCGGGGGAACUGGGGUCACUGGGACCAGGUGGCCGCGCUGCGCUGGGUCCAGGACAACAUUGCCAACUUUGGAGGGAACCCAGGCUCUGUGACCAUCUUUGGAGAGUCAGCGGGAGGUGAAAGUGUCUCUGUUCUUGUUUUAUCUCCCCUGGCUAAGAACCUCUUCCACCGGGCCAUUUCUGAGAGUGGUGUGGCCCUCACUUCUGCUCUGCUCAAGAAGGACAACAUGAAGCCCCUGGCGAAGCAAGUUGCUGUCACUGCUGGGUGUGAAACCACCACCUCGGCUGUCAUGGUUCACUGCCUGCGCCAGAAGACAGAGGAGGAGCUCUUGGAGGCUACACUGAAAAUGAAAUUUUUUGCUAUUGAUUUACUUGGAGACCCCAGAGAGAGUCACCCCUUCCUGCCCACGGUGGUGGACGGGGUGCUGCUGCCCAAAAGCCCUGAAGAGCUUCUGGCCGAGAAGAAUUUCAACACUGUCCCCUACGUUGUCGGCAUCAACAAGCAAGAGUUUGGCUGGAUCCUUCCAACGUUGAUGGGCUAUCCAUUUUCUGAAGGCAAACUGGACCGGAAGACCGCCACGUCACUCUUGUGGAAGUCCUACCCCCUUACUGGCAUCCCUGAGGAGCUGACUUCGGUAGCCAUUGAGGAGUAUUUAGGAGGAACAGAUGACCCUGUCAAAAAGAAAGACCUGUUCCUGGACUUGAUUGCAGAUGGCAUGUUUGGUGUCCCAUCUGUGACUGUGGCCCGACGCCACAGAGAUGCCGGAGCCCCCACCUACAUGUAUGAGUUUCGGUAUCGCCCAAGCUUCUCAUCAGACAUGAAACCCAAGACGGUGAGAGGGGACCACGGGGAUGAGAUCUUCUCUGUCUUGGGAGCCCCAUUUUUAAAAGAGGGUGCUUCAGAUGAGGAGAUCAAACUUAGCAAGAUGGUGAUGAAAUUCUGGGCCAGCUUUGCUCGGAAUGGGAACCCCAAUGGGGAGGGACUGCCCCAUUGGCCAGCGUAUGACCAGAAGGAAGGGUACCUGCAGAUUGAUGUCCCCACGCAGGCAGCCCAGAAGCUGAAGGACAAGGAAGUGUCUUUCUGGACCAAGCUCCUGGGCACGGAGGCUGCCAAGAAGCCACCACAGCCAGAACGCACUGAGCUGUGAACGGGAGGCCCCGCCAGCCUCCGGAGCCUGGAGGAGCCAAGACAGGGCUCUUCUACAGAAGGUGAUCGUGGGUCAGACAGCAUCGCAUUGUGGGGCUGGAGAACUGUCCGCUGGGGGUGGACAGAGGCCAGAAAGAUGCAAUUUUUGCACUUUUGACCUCAAUCGUGGGAAUAAAUGUUCUUUUGGAGGCCAAA